AUGUACAUACUCAAAGAAGGAGUGGCAACCAGUUGCAUGGUAAUGGAUGGAGAUGUGGUACUGACAGACAAAUGGUACGCACUUCCUGGUGACUCUGUGCCACAUGUUACUCUCCUAGUAGGGUUUGGCUAUGAGGCAAGAUCAUUGGGACCAGCAGUAAAGAAGGCAAGCUGCCUGCAGUGGAGCAAGAGCGCCUGUUAUAAGAUACAAAGCUCAGUCAUGGAUGGAAAUCAGGUUUGGAGAAUCUUACUAAACGUGGAUGACAUUGGAAAACCUGAAGUGGUGAGAAGAUCUCGUUACCAUGGAAGAGAAAUGACUGACCAUCCAGACACGGUCAACAUCUUCAACCAGUUACCAGAACAACUGUGGACAUUAACUGCAGAGGAUGUGGGACUAGUUGAUGUAGAACCAGUGGUGGUUUCAGUUAGAAAAGACAGUGGCCUUACUAUUCCAGUUUGCAAGCGCCAAUACCCACUCAGUGAAGAAAAGACAAGGGGAAUUGAGCCUACAAUAUCAGGACUUCAAAAAGGGCAAGUAAUAUAUCCAACCUGCUCCAACUGGAACACUCUAAUUUUACCAGUAAAGAAAGGUGACACUGGAAAAUGGAGGAUGGUGCAGGACUUCAGACCAAUCAACGAAGUAACUGUACCGGACGUUAGACCUGUACCAGACCCAUAUCUGGCCCUGCAAAACAUCUCACCUACCCAAGACUGGUUUACAGUGGUGGACCUUGCUAAUGCAUUUUUCUGCAUUCCGUUACACCCGGAGUCUCAACCACUAUUUGCAUUCACCUACAGAGGACAGCAAUUCACCUAUUCUCGUCUUCCACAAGGAUAUCGUGAUUCCCCAGGAAUCUUCAACGCUAUCCUGAAAAGUCACUUGGAGGAGUUAACAUUACCAGAAGGGGUGACACUGCUUCAAUACGUUGAUGAUCUCCUGUUGGCAGCACCAACUGCUGAGUCUUGUUUGCAGGCCAGCAAGUCCCUUCUCCUCUUGGUAGCUAAGAAAGGGUACAAAGUGAAGAAAGAGAAAGUGCAGUGCUGUAGGAGAAGUGUACAGUUCCUGGGGAGAGUACUGUCAGGAAAGGGACAAGCUGUCUCUUCGGCCCAGAGGACAUCAAUCUUGGAACAUCCCAAACCCACUACUGUACAACACCUUUUGUCAUUUCUUGGCCUUACUGGAUACAGCAGAACGCACGUGCCAGAAUACUGUCUUAAGGUGGAACCACUGCGAGCAAUCUUGAGAGAAGCAGGAAACAGAAACCUCACAGCUGUCCUUAAGUGGACUCCAGAGGCAGAGGCAGCUUUUAUCCAACUCAAACAAACGCUAGCGCAGGCUGAAGCACUGUCUUUACCUGAUUACACCACGCCAUUCUGUUUGGAUGUUUCUGAAAGGGAUGGUUAUGUGCAUUCCAUCCUGUAUCAGAAACAAAAGGGGGAGAGAAGAAUCUUACACUACUACAGUGCAAAACUGGACAACAUUGAGACAGGACAAACUGACUGUGCCAGACACAUGGCUGCCAUUGCUAAAGCUGUAGGCAAAACAGCUCACAUUGUAAUGAGACAUCCACUUGAAAUCAACACAGACCAUGGAGUGACAGCUUUUAUUGGCUCUAAACUUUUCACGUUGUCCAGCAAAAGAAAAUCCAACAUAACAAAGGCCAUCACUGCAAAACACAUUACCUAUGUGACGACCACAACCAACAUGACUGAUGGCAUGGGUCAGGGAGAACCACAUGUAUGUGAAGACAGAGCAGCCAAACAAAUCAAGGUUCGAAUGGACCUACAGAACUCACCUCUGGACGGCAACAAGACCACCCUGUUCACAGAUGGAUGCUGCUAUAGGUCAAAAGACCCAAAGGAAGGGAAUGUUGCUGCCUAUGCUGUGGUAAAGCAAGACAAGGAAGGAGAACACGAAGUUGUUGAAGCAAAAAGACUGAAUCCCAAUGAAAGUUCAGCACAACUAGCUGAACUUAGGGCAUUGAGGAGAGCUCUACAACUAAGUGAAGGAAAGAAUGUGGACAUCUACACAGACUCUGCCUAUGCACAUGGGAUUGCACACAUUGAUGGACCACAGUGGAUGAGGAGAGGAUUUGUGACCAGCUCAAAUGAGCCCAUCAAACACAAGGUUGAAGUACAGAAGUUAAUUGAUGCAAUCCAGCUUCCCAAACGAGUGGCAAUAAUGAAGUGCAAAGGUCAUAGCAGAGAAAGCACCAGAGUGCGUGAAGGAAAUGAUCGGGCUGAUCAAGCAGCAAAGGAUGCAGGAGGAUACACUGCCCAGCAGAUGGUGCAACGAGCCACUCAAGGACAGGAGGAGUUGACGACAGACACAGUAAGACAGUUGCAAGAAGCAGCAGGCGCCUACGAACAGAACGUAUGGAGCAGACAGGGAGCAAGACAAGACCAUCAUGGGAUUUGGAGAUCUCACACAGGAAAAACAGUGGGACCUGCAAAACUCCUCAGAUCAAUCUUAAGGGAAGAGCAUGAGAAGGCUCAUGGAGGAUGGAAAAGUGUCGCAAAAUCAGUUGAGAAAGCAUGGUGGAAUCCACACAUGUUGGACAUGGCAAGAGAGACAUCAGAGAGCUGUGAAGUGUGCAAACAAUACAACAACAAAGUGUCACUUGGAGCAGUGAUUGGCAGCUUCCCAAUACCUGACGCGCCAUUUCAAGACAUUUGCAUAGAUUUCACGGACAGGACAACAGAGUGGAAGGAAAAAGAUACCUGUUGGUAAUGGUUGACAGAUUCACCAGAUGGGUGGAAGCCAUCCCCACAGCAAGAGAAGAUGCAAAGGCUGUGAUUAAAUGGCUGAGGAGGGACCUCAUUCCAAGGUUCGGGGUCCCGCGAAUGGUCCGUUCCGACAACGGUACACAUUUCAAGAACAAACACCUGAGGGAGGUAGAGCAGGCCCUAGGAAUCACCCACAAGUUCGGGUCAGUAUACCACCCCCAAUCGCAGGGACUCGUAGAGAGAGCUAACCAAUCGCUGAAACGAAAAAUGGCCAAAAUCAUGGCCGGAACUAAACUGAAGUGGGUAGAUGCGCUGCCCCUAGCUCUAAUGUCAAUGAGAAAACUCACCUGGGUCUGACACCCAUUUAACGCCCCAUGAGCUUAUGACAGGACGCAGAAUGCCAGGGCCACCAGCAGACAAUCUUAGUAUGCCUAGGCUAGAUAUUGCAAAAAUCAGAUACACAGACUACAUGCAAGCGCUAAUUUCUCUUGUUGAAAGAUUGUCUAAACAGGUGGUGGAAGUGCGCACUCCUGCUGUUGAAACCACGGACGAGAACAGAGACAUCCUGGUGGGGGAUUGGGUGAGAGUGAAGGUGCAUUCCAGAAAGUGGACGGAGCCAAGGUGGGAAGGGCCCUUCCGGGUAAAAGAGGUAUCAAGCCACUCGUUGCGGGUGAACACGAGCAAGAAAGACGUGUGGUACCACAGGACACACUGUGCCAAGGACAUAGUUCCAGGAAGGACUCUAGAUCAGGUACAACAGGACUUGGCAACAGAAGGGGAGUGA